UUAAUGCUCAUUAUGAAUAGAAAGAAGAAUAUCUUCAAGUUGGCACAACUUGAAUAUAUAUAGCUCAUGAGAAAAUUGAGAAUGUUUAUGCCAAAUACAAAUUUGUUGCACAAUGCUUUGUCUAUGGUAAGCAGAUAAAUGACUUUUCUCUUACGGAUUCAUUAAAUAGUAUCUGCUUUGCUCACUACUGCAACAUUGCAGGUGAUAGCUUUAAUUCCUCUAAUGAGAGACUACGAAAGUGGGCAAACCCACAUAAGGAAAGAAUUCAAUCUAAUCCCUCCAUUUCAAGCCUUAGAGAAUCCGACUAAAUUAGCGAAUUCACCUCCCCAAAAAACUCUUUAGCUUUAGAUAUUGCAGUAGUUUGUGUAGAGCCAAAAAUCUUUAAGGAAUGGGCAUAUCUGAGGAAAUCAAGAGAAACGACAGUUGUGAAGUCCGAAUUUCGAUUAUCGAACGGAGCCGCCGGCAAGAAUUGCUUUGGGCGAAUCCUCUGCGGGGAUAUCACAAUGGGAUACAUGCUGGAAGCCCGAGAAAAUCACGUCAAGAAGAAGUUCAAAGAAGGUGCUUUUGGUUGAAAAUUGUAGAAGACUGUAGGGAGUGGCAAUGGUGGAUAUUACAGUCUACCUUGAAGUUAAUAAUCCCUCCAUUGAUCAGCACAGAGAUAUGCGUUUGGACAUACAUCACAUGUCCUAUGAGUUACUACAUGAACAUGCAACUAUCCCUGCAACUAUGGGCAAUGUGUAUAUGCACUUGAAGCGAAUUUUGGGAAAUCUACUUUAGCUUUUGUUUCUUAUAGUUAUCCAACCUUCUCUACUAAUCAUGUUUUAGCGCAUAAAUAUUGGUGGUCCCUCGCAUACAAUCCUAUGAAAUUCAUAUAUUUAUUUUUUGAUUUAAUUCUUUAGAAUGUGAUCGCUAAAUUUAGUCUGAAAUAAAG